AUGGGCUGGUCAUGGCCAUUCUCUUCUGGCGUCUCCAAGCAGGAUGAAAGAUCUACAUCAACUACCACGCCUCCAGGUGCCUCAACUCUUCCAGACACCAGCUUCGCCCUGACAGACGAGCAGCGCAUGCGCAUCUUCGGCAAACCAGGCCCAGCACCCUCCCAAACCCGCGACCAACAAGCAGACUCCGAGCUCGAUGCCUUCCUCAAAUCCUUCAACGCCGCAGAAGGCGACUCAUCACCCUCCCAAACAGGACCACACGUAAAACCACCAACCCACGCCGAAACACGUCUCCUGCCCUCCGGCGACCUCGACAUAUCCCCAGACGCAAUCUAUCCCCGUACCAUGUCCUGCCGACAACAGUUCGACCAAGCCUUCUACUGCCAGUCAUUAGGUGGCAAGUUCAAUGAUAUAUACCGCUAUGGACAUUUGAAGAAUUGCAGCGAGCAGUGGGGAGCGUUCUGGUUCUGUAUGAGGACGAGGACACUACCUGAGAGGGAGAAGGAGGAGGCGGUUAAGGAGUUUUAUAGGAGUAGGGAUGAGAGGAGGAGGGAGGAGUUUGGGAGUAGUGAAGAUGUGUGGAGGAUUAGGGAGGUUGCGGUCAAGAAGGCGUUUUGGAGGGAUCCGGAUGAGGAGGUGCAGGGUGGGGAGGGGAUGGUGAAGGAGUAA